AUGUCCGAAUACGACCACCUUUUCAAGCUCCUGCUGAUCGGCGACAGCGGUGUUGGCAAGUCGUGUCUCCUCCUCCGCUUCGCCGACGACAGCUACACGGAGAGUUACAUCAGUACUAUCGGCGUCGACUUCAAGAUCCGCACGCUCAACCUCGACGGCAAGAUGAUCAAGCUGCAGAUAUGGGACACCGCCGGGCAGGAGCGCUUCCGCACCAUCACCAGUAGUUACUACCGCGGCGCACACGGCAUCAUCAUUGUGUACGACACAACCGACAUGGAGAGUUUCAACAACAUCAAGACGUGGCUCUCUGAGAUCGACAAGUUUGCCAGUGAGAAUGUGAACAAGCUGCUCGUCGGCAAUAAGUGCGACCUGGUGGUGAAGAAGGCGGUCGACACGCAGGUGGCGAAGGACUUCGCCGACAGCCUCGGCAUCCCAUUCCUCGAGACAAGCGCGAAGGAUUCGUCGAACGUGGAGGAGGCCUUCACGAGGAUGGCGAUGGAUAUCAAGAAGCGCGUCGUCGCGCAGGGCGGCGCGUGCGGCGGCCCGAACAACAAGCCGCUGCUCUCCGGUGCCAACCGCACGUCCGGCACCAGCGGCGGCAACAAGAGCAGCGGCUGCUGCUAG